CCCUACUCCUUCUUUCCUUCAACCUUUGCUUGACCAGUUCUCCGAUGUGUUUUCCACUCCCACUACUCUUCCGCCACCCCGCCAAUUUGACCAUUCCAUUCCUCUUGACCCCAUGUCCAAACCCAUAAAUGUUCGACCCUAUCGUGUACCCUACCAUCAGCGAGCUGUCGUCGACAAAAUGGUUGGCGAGAUGCUUGAAUCUUAGUUGAUUCAGCCUAGCCAAAGUCCCUAUGCAGCCCCUGUUCUGUUGAUCGGGAAAAAGGACGGGUCCUGGCGUUUCUGUGUGGAUUACCGUCUUCUAAACUCCAUCACCAUCAAAAACAAAUUCCCCAUUCCUAUUAUUGAUGAUUUGCUUGACGAACUCCAUGGAGCUCGGUUUUUUUCGAAGCUGGAUCUGAGGGCGGGUUACCACCAGAUUCGAAUGAGGCCGGAGGAUCGGCACAAGACGGCUUUUCGCACAAGCCAGGGCCAUUAUGAAUUUCUGGUUAUGCCGUUUGGCUUAACCAAUGCGCCGGCAACGUUUCAGGCCCUUAUGAAUCAUGUGUUUGCUCCCCAUCUCCGCAAAUUCAUAUUGGUCUUCUUCGACGAUAUCUUGGUUUAUAGUCCCUCGGCUGUUCUCCAUCAAGAGCAUCUUCGCCAAACGCUUCUAUUGCUUCGCAAGCAUCGGCUAUAUGCCAAACUGUCGAAGUGCUCUUUCGGCCAACCUCAGGUGGAAUACCUCGGGCAUGUAAUUGGUGAGGCAGGGGUGUCCACUGAGCCGAAUAAGAUUGCGGCAAUGCUGAAUUGGCCACCACCGACUUCCGUCAAGGCUCUCCGUGGGUUUCUUGGCCUCACUGGGUAUUAUCGAAAGUUCAUACGCCAUUACGGGAUUAUUAGUCGGCCGCUUACUGAUUUGUUGAAGAAGAACUCUUUCACGUGGACAGCAGAAGCUCAAUCAGCCUUUCUCGCCUUGAAGACUGCUAUGAGCGAAGCUCCGGUGCUGGCCCUGCCCAACUUUGCUGUGCCUUUUACGUUGGAAACGGAUGCUUGUGGGACGGGGGCAGGGGCUGUUCUCUCUCAGCAAGGCCGACCCAUAGCAUACUUCAGUAAAUCAUUUGGAGUGAGGAACCAAGGAAGAAGCACUUAUGAGAAGGAGUUUUUGGCAGUUCUUAUGGCGGUUGAUCAGUGGCGCCAUUAUUUGGAGGGACGACCUUUCACCAUACUUACCGAUCACGAGAGCUUGAAGUUUCUGUUUCAACAGAAGAUUCAUACGGAGAUUCAAAAGAAAGGGCUUGUUAAGCUUUUGGGGCUUGAUUUUCAGAUUAAGUAUCGUCGGGGUAAGUUUAAUGGUGCAGCCGAUGCUCUCUCUCGUCGAUUUGAAGGGGAAGAGGCGGCUGGUUGUUCUGCCCUCUCUACGGUUAUCCCGGAAUGGAUGGUAGAGGUCGAGCAGACGUAUGCGGGUGAUCCAUGGGUCACUGAACGGAUUGCUGCAGCCUCUCUUACUCCGUCGGGGCCUUCUUUAUGGUCUUAUUCUCAGGGGGUUUUGCGGUACAAAGGUUCCAUUGUGGUGGGGUCUGCUGGGUAUAUGAGGGAGAAGCUGCUGAAAUUAUUUCAUUCCUCUGCUGUUGGCGGACAUUCAGGGGUACAAGGCACUUACCAACGACUCAAAUCGCACUUCUACUGGGUUGGAAUGAAGGCGGUUGUGCAAGCGUGGGUGAAGGCCUGUGAUGUGUGCAGUCGAUGCAAAGCUGAAGCAGUAGCGUCUCCCGGUCUCCUUCAGCCCUUACCCAUUCCUCAUCAGGCAUGGCAGGACAUUAGCAUUGAUUUUGUGGAAGGGUUGCCACGUUCUAAGGGGAAGGACAUUCUGUUUGUGGUGGUCGAUCGUUUCACCAAGUAUAGCCAUUUCUUCGCUCUAUCUCAUCCGUACACUGCUGAGUCCGUCGCCCAGAUUUUCUUUGAUGGUGUUUUCAAACUUCAUGGCAUGCCCAAGACGAUUGUGUCAGAUCGGGACUCAACUUUCACAAGUUCUUUCUGGACAGAAUUCUUCAGGUUGCAGAAUGUUGAUCUUCACUAUUCCACCGCCUACCACCCACAAACUGACGGCCAAACUAAGCGGGUGAACAGAUGCUUGGAAGAUUUCCUUCGUUGUAUGACCUUUCAUCGUCCUCAGGACUGGGCAGAUUGGGUCACAUUGGCGGAAUGGUGCUACAAUACGCACUUUCAGGUCAGCAUUCGUCUCACGCCAUUUGAAGCUUUGUAUGGGUUUCCUCCAUCUUUUUUCGGUAUUUCGGGGGUGGAGUCGUCUCCAGUGGGCGCUGUGGAAGACCGUCUUGCUCGCCAGCAGCAACUCAUCUCCUUCUUGCGCCACAAUUUGACGGUGGCCCAGAACAGGCAGAAGCAGCACGCCGACAAGCGUCGCUCAGAACGUUCUUUUCAGGUGGGGGAUCGUGUGUAUCUUCGGUUGCAGCCCUUUCGGCAGGGAUCGGUGGUCGGCCGGCAGGGUAGCAAAUUGGGACCACGAUUUUUUGGUCCUUACUUGGUGUUGGCCAGAGUGGGUACCGUUGCUUACAAGUUACAGUUGCCUGCCGACGCUAAGAUACACCCCGUAUUCCACGUGUCUCAGCUGAAGCGUUGCGGGGCUCUCCAUGUGCCUGAGGUCUCUUCUCUGCCGGGCGUGGACGAACAAGGUUCUCUGAAAUUGACUCCGGAAGCUAUUCUUGCUCGUCAAUGUGUCCAGCAGGGUAACCAGGCUGUUACUCAAAUCUUGGUACACUGGUCUCAUCAAUCUCCGGCGGAUGCUACUUGGGAGGAUUACCGUUCGUUCAAGCUGCAGUUUCCUUCAUUCCCAGCUUGAGGACAAGCUGUUUCUUUAGGGGGGAAGAUUUGUAAUGUCCCAGGGUGUUGAGGCAAGUGGUUGACAGCUGGAAUCAAGCUGGACAGAAGAUGAUUGUAUAAAUAGAGAAAAGGGGGUUGGGAUUGGGCAUCUGGGAUCAUUCUGUAAACUUUCUCUACGAGAUUGGAAGUUAGUUAGCCAGACAUUCUACUUUCUUCUCUGUAAAUCUACUCCUCUAUUUCGCUGGAAUAAUAACUUCGAUCCCCA